AUGGCCCAGAUGUAUUUGCUAGUAGCAGGAGUGAUGCUCUGCUCCAUCCCUGCUUGCUGUCUUGGCUGCAACUUGCCUUGGAUCCAUUGCUGGAAAAGCAAUGAAAUCUUCGCACUUUUGAAACAGAUGCAAAGGAUCCGCACUCCGUCGUGCCUAAAGGACAGAGCCGACUUCAAAUUUCCUUGGAAAAGAGAGAAUAUCACCCAAAUCCACAUGACUCAAGGCCUCUGUUACCACUCUCUGAUGCUCCAGCAGAUUUUCAACCUCUUCACCACGGAGGACAGCCGCGCUGCUUGGAACAGCACCCUCCUCGAUAAACUACUCUCCAGCCUUGAUCAGAGCCUGAAACAACUGGAGAAAAUGGAAGGGGACAAUCUAGAUUGUCCCGAUUUGGGACAUGCUGCCCAGAAGUAUUUCCGCGGAAUCCAUCUCUACCUGGAGGACAGGGAAUACAGCCCCUGUGCCUGGGAGGUUGUCAGAGUGGAAAUUAAAAGGUGCCUUUCCCUCAUAUAA